UGCAACACGCGUGGGCCCGGUCCGACCAAUCACAAUCCACCGCCAUAGCUACCGAUCUUGCAGCUCUCUUCCCAGCACUUCAUUCUCCGACGCCCAUUCCUCUGUUUUCUCUUUCAUCUACACGUCGCGUCUCUGAUCACUGUCUGUACAUCAUCGCUACAUACCAUAUCAUCUUUGGAAGCACUCUGCGCGUCAACUUCCUCACUACCUUGCUUCUGCGACGCCAAAGGCUCUUUCGCGAAGCAUAACGUCAUCCCAUAUCACCUGCGAUUGCAAACCCACGUUACACACAAUGACUGACACCGAAAUUCAACAAGGAGACAAAGUCUCAUGGAACUGGGGUUCAGGACAGCCCAGCGGCACCGUUGCCGAGGUCAAGGAGCAGGGCGAGCUUGCCAUUGAAUCCAACAAGGGCAACACGAUCAAGAAGAAUGCCGACCCUGAAAACCCUGCGGUUCACGUUGAGAGGUCAGGCAACGAUGUCGUGAAGCGUGCCUCCGAGCUUCAGAUCAAUGAAAAGGCCGAUGGCGCCAAUGGCGACUCCAAGCAGGAUGACAAGAAGGACGACGCCGAGAAGUCGGAAGAGAAGCUGGCUGAAUCAGACAAGAAGGAAGAUGACAAGCCGGCUGAAUCCGAAAAGAAGGAUGAGGAAAUGAAAGACGCACCUGACAGUGAGGAGAAGAAGGAAGAGGCUCACACUAACGGCGAAUCCACGAAGGAAGAGUCCAACGAGACAAAAGAAGACGCCAAGGAUGAUGCAUCAAAGGAGAAAUCCGAUGAAAAGUCUGACGAAAAGUCCGAGGCUGACAAGGAGGAUGACCCAAAGACCGGCGACAAGCGCAAGGUCGAGGAGACUUCUGAGAAAACCAACGGCGCGGAUGCUGACGCUGAUGCUGAAGUUGAGAAGCCUGCUGAAAAGAAAACAAAGACUGACGAAGCCGAUGGCGAAGGCGAGGCCAAGGAAGAAACCGAGACCAAGACACCCGCUAAGAAGCCUGGCCGCCCUAAGAAGGAGAAAAAGGAACCCGCAAAGAAGAAGGAGCCCAAGAAGGCCGCCACUGCCGACGGUACGCCACGCCGAAGCGGCAGGAACAAGGCUUAAACAGCAAAACCCUUGCUACGGCCCAUACUUCAGUAUCAACAAGUGCACUCUCGCCUCGCAGUCUAAAGUGAGAUUUCAAGCACAAGUUUCUUGAUAUGCGCGU